AUGGGUCUGGAAAGAAUGGAAACUACGGCUAAAAAGCUUCAUUUUUGUGAUUGGAUAAUAAUCCCUUCAAUUGGAAAAUCCAGUGGUCAAAUAGUGGCUUGGAAUAGUAAUUGCAUAGCACAAUUGUUUGAAAUUAAGUUUAAUAUUAUUAUGAUGUCAGUUAAGAUUAAGGGGUUUUUAUGUUUUGUGUCAUGUAUGUAUGGAGCUUUAAAUACUGUUAAUAGGAAAGAUCAAUGGGAUUAUUUACAAUGUCUCAGUGAGAACAUUAAAAAUCCGUGGAUGUUGGUGGGGGAUCUUAAUUUCAUUUUAGAUAGUAGUGAAAAGGAGGGUGGAAAUGAGGCUUUAUCUAGCGACUCAGCUUUGAUCCAAAAUGUUAUUCAACAGAUUGGAUUCAUAGACCUUAAGUUUCAGGGUGAUCCCUUCACUUGCUAUAAUCCGAGAGAAGGGGAUGCUAAUAUAAGGGAAAGAAUUGAUAGGAGUUUGGUUAAUAUUAGCUGGUUUCAACAUUUUCCUGAUUCUGUGGUUCACCAUCUUACAAGAGUAGCGUCUGAUCACAGUCCUCUGUUCAUUGAAAUAGAUCCAAUUAUAAUGAGACUACAUAGACCGUAUAAACCUUUUAGGGGUUGGAAAGAACAUAAGGAGUAUGAUAUGUUUUUUGAAAAUGCUUGGAAGAAAAUAAAGAAAGUUGUGAAAAUGAUAUCAUUAUAA